AUAACAUCGGAGGAAGAUGGUUGGUACCACGUUCACGGAGUAACAGAGACGAAAAAGAGCGAGGAGGACGAAGGCAUGCCGGCACCAGAGAUCGCGAGAGAGAAACGUUGAAAAAGAGAACGAACGACGGUGAACGAGUGUGUAUCCAGUGGAGAGGGAAGGAGCAAAAGAGAGACCACGAGGUAGACGGACAGGGAAAGCCCCGAAGAGUGGGACAGGCAGAGAGCACGAGCCAGGAACGACGACGUGUGCGAGUAAGAACGUAGGAAGGAACGAGAGCCCGGCGUGUCGCUCGCGCUUGCAUUGCUUUUCGAAGCUCGCGCGCGAUCGGUCGCUCGCGACGUGCACGCGUACCUGUGCGUGGGUGCCGGCUCGUGAGACGACACACGUGAGACAGAGAGAGAGAGAGAGAGAGAGAGAGAGAGAGAAUAGCAGAUAGGAAGAGAAAGAAGGGGAGAAAGAGAGAAAUCCCCCGAUUCCUUAUCCGCGAUCUCAUGAUCGAUGUUAUCUCGCGACGAAGAUCCGUCUUCGUACGCGCGAGAAAGUGACCGGCUUCUCGAGAUUGAAUCUCCGUGGAAAAGCGCGAGUGCAGUUUUCGCGCGUCCGUCGAUUGGACCCGCCACUCGGAUCGGGAAUUAUUAUGCUCGCUGAGUUGUGAGAUCUUGAGAACGGUGAAGAGAUAGCAGGGAAAGGCGGAAGAGGCCGAACGGAAAGUCCACGAGCGGAAGGAUCAAGAAAGGGUCACGGGAGAAAGAUGAGGCGGUUACUCCUGUGGACGCAUUUCCUGCUGCUGACCGUGCUGUUGGCACCGGUGCAGAGGGUCGCAGCGUGCAGCUGCGCACCGUCUCACCCUCAGACGCAGUUUUGCAACUCGGACUUCGUCGCCGUGGUGAAGGUGAAGAAUGUUCUCGCUAUGAGCAUGUACGAGAUCGCAUACGAGGUCAAGAUAAACAGGGUCUUCAAGUCGUACCCAAAGGCCGACGCGGUUCUGAUGCAGAACCUUUUAUGGACUUCGUCCUCGGAUUCGAUGUGCGGCGUGACACUGAAAGUCGGCGAGACCUACGUCCUCGGCGGGAGGAUCAACAACGGCAAGGCGUCCGUCUCGUCCUGCGGCCUCAUGAUAAGGUGGGCCGACACGACCAAUAAGCAACGCAAAGGACUGAGGCAUCUCUAUCAGCAGGGUUGCGUGUGCGACAUCAUGUAUACACAGUGGAGACGCAAGGGAAUCGUGCUGGAGUCCAGCGGUGGCAAGCGUUGCCUCUGGGAGAGCACACCAGGCCCCCAGGAUUGCCAAGAAAAAUACGGAGUGUGCAUGGUGACGAUCCGCGGCUGCUCCUGGGUACCCUCGGUCCCUUACAAAAAUUGCAUCAAGAAGCACCAGCAUCUGCGCGAGCAGCAGAGGUCGCGGGAUUGUUAACUCUGCUCCGACAUUCUCCGGCGCUCGUCGCCGCGCUGCGCCGCGCCGGUGAGACAGAGACGACCCCCCGGCUGUCUUAUCGGCCGCGGAACUACGCGGCGUGCCUGUCAAUCGGCUUGAUCGAACGCUCGCCGCGGCGAUAAUUGAGUCGCCGAGAGCCGGUGAGUGGUGUACAGUGACAGUUUAAUGGAACGAACUCUAUCUGCAGCGCCGAAAACGACGGAGCUGCGUCUGAGCGCAGCUUCUAUCGCACGGGGCCGAGCGACACAAUAGCUUGUUAAUGGGUCAUCGAGCGCGCGUAUAAGGCGACGUGACUCUUCGAUCCUUGCGUUUCUCCGUUCCUUACGUCCUUCUUCUCAUCGCCCCGACGAACAAAAUAUUUCGCGGAUCUCUCCCUUAUCGCGGCGCUCUCAAUAGCGCCUCUCUCUCUCUCUCUCUCUCUCUCUCUCCCUCAUUUAACACGACAUUUAUCCCCGAGCGAAAAUAGCCGGCCUCUUGAAUUUCCCAAGCGACAAACUGCUCCUCUCCAUCUGCUCUGAUAAAAAUUUCUGACAUUCUCUUUCCGGGAGGCGCAGUGUUACGUACGUAACGAUCGAUGACGGUAGGGUAUGAAUUUUCGUGCUAAUUUGUAUUUAGACUUCGACAAGCGAGCGGCGAAAACGCUCGCGCGCGCGUCGAGGAUUGUAGCGCGCGGUGUAGUAUUGUAAUUGUUAAGAUAUGGAAUUAUGUAUAUCGCGUGUUAAAUUAUUCGCAACUCGAGUUCGGUGGCGACAACGCCGGCUAAUCCCUGUCCCGCAUUUUCAUCGAUUUAGCAACCGACUAUCAGGCUCUGCUAUGUGCAAAGGAAGGGUGGUUCAGUUCAUUAUACGAUUAAACUCUGAGCGACGUUGUUGAAACCGAUCUUUAAUUAAUCAUUGAUUAUUAUUAGCGGGAGGAGGGGGGGGGGUAAGUUCUUAGCGCUAAGCAUUUCGCAACGUGCGGAGAGUUGCGCCCUACGUGCGUUUUAUCGUUGAAAUGUGCACAGGUUUCCCGAAUCUCUCACGGCUACUCUCUCUCUCUCUCUCUCUCUUCGCGAGAGUUGUAUAUAUUAUAUAGUAUAUAUUAUGCUGUCAGUGUAAAUUGUGCAUCUAUAAAUUAUUCCAACUGUCGUUUCGUUGUAGUCUCGGACGUCAUCGAGAUGCGUACUUUAUGUCUCGCGACGUCCCGUGCGCGUUCUUAGGUUAAACUAGAUGGUACCUCUUCGAGAGCACGUUUGUUAUUUACGCAGAUUAUUAUUCAUGCAGUCUGUACAACUAAACUAAGCUUCACGGAGGCUUCACGGAGAAUACUCGAGCUUGCGAUUCUACGAACAAAGCGGCGGUUUCCUUUAUAAGUUUACGAUACUGCGCGAUCACAAGUGCAUCGCUCGACGGCGUUUUCAUCGCGUCGUUAUUGCGUCCGUCGGCAGUUUUUCGUGAAACUCAAAGUGCCCGGAGUGAUCGAAAUUCGGCACGAGACACGAAAACACCGUGUUACUGCAGCGGGAAACUCGCUUGUAUUUCCGAUCGAAAGACUACGAAUUUUGUAGCUAUGCGUUAGUCUAGUUCUUUGUACGCGGCAAUGCAUUUCGCAAGUACGCGCGACAUGUAGAAUGAAAAUAAACGGAAACAGUCGUCCUCUCUCGUACACAA